AGAGUGCCUUUAGCGGCAGAUCAACAUACAGAGUCCGAACCAUAGGCCACAUAGUACACACAGCACACAAUGCUGGCAAGCAGAAUCCGAACGACUUGCCGGAUGUACACACAGCACAGCAUAAAAAGGCGGCUGAGCUGUCAACACAAAGAGCUAGUUGCUCAUGUCCCUCACUUGCUGGUGCCGCAAGCACCCCACAGUGUGGUCGUUCACCAUACCUACCGCCUGCAUGAACGCAUACAUUAUCUUCGGUCCCGCAUACUUCAUUCCCUUCUUCUUGAGCGCGGCGCUCAUCUCCUUGCUGACCGCCGUCUCGCACGGCACCUCCGACAACUUCUUGUAAGCAUUCUGGACCGGCUUGUCGCCGACAAAGCUCCACAGGUAGGCCGCCAAGCUCCCAUGCUCCUUCUGGAUGCUCUGAGCCGCCUUGGCGUUGGCCACAAAGGCAUCCAGCUUGGCCCUGCUGCGGAUAAUGGACGCGUCUUGGAGGGCCGCUUCGAUUUCAGCGCCGGACAUGGCUGCCACCUUGUCGAUGUCGAAGGCGUGAAAGCGGGCGCGGAAGGCAUCUCGCUUCUUGAGGACGGUCAGCCAGCUGAGACCAGCCUGGGCCCCUUCCAGGCACACCACUGCAUCCAUCGGACACAGAGAGAAAGCGCCAGUGCAAGUGACGAUAGCACCGACCCGUUGACGUGCAUGCCUGUGGCCUACUCUCAAAGAGAUGUUGAUCGUCCCGCGAGGGCACUCCCCACUCCUCAUCGUGAUAGGCAUUGUACAGAGCAUCAUUGCCAGUCAGCCAGUCACAUCGCCUCCUGCCGUCUUUCGCGCCAUCUGCACCAGCUGCUGCCGCCCUGCCUUUCGACGCCUUUGCUGACUUUGCAGGCGGCUCCUCACCAGCAGCAGCGGCUCCUUCGCCCUUGAGGGCGCUCUUGCGCUUGGUUGCCAUCGUCCUGCACCGGUGAUUGGGCUGGAAGUGACGGAGUGAUUGAGAUCUUGUCCAAAGGCCCGUGACAAAGCAGAUCUGGACCGCGUGUAGCAUCGACGUUGUAG